AUGCCACGACGAAUAGAAGCUAUUGACGACUAUGCGUUCGCAGUCCCGCAGAUCAUUCUGUCGUCGUCAGAUGGCGAGUUCCUCGACCACCUUAUACCUGUUUUAAAGGAUGCGUCAAACUCCCGCAGAACCCCGGCGCUGAUUCAAUGCCUCAAUCAAUACACAGAAGACCGCGAAGCAGAUAUCGAACGAAUCGGAAUGACGAAACACGAAGAGUUCCUAGACUCCGUCAAUCAAUUACAGAAUGUCCGCGAAGACGCCGUUGCGCUUAUUGCUGAGAUCUUAAAGCUGAACCAAUCUAUUCAAUCGAGUACUGAACAGCUUGCGGAGCAAAAGAGCGCGCUAGUAAACACAAAGGCCGUCCGACAAAACAUCUCGGACGCCUCGGACGCUCUUAAGGAGUCGCUCAAGGUGCUCCACGCCGUCAACUAUGCACACGAUCUUGUUCGACGGAAACAAUACUAUUCGGCGCUUAAAUCACUCGAGGAUCUUCAAAAUGAGCAUCUUGUCCCAAUAUUGCAAAACCGCUACGCCACCCAGCACAGGCUUGCCGACGCGAUCCAGAAGUCGAUCCCUGCUUCCAGGAAAGCGAUUUCCGAGGCAGUAAUGGCUGACUUGAACACAUGGCUCUUUCGCAUUCGAGAAGCGUCUCAAUUUCUCGGUGAACUUGCUUGGUAUUAUACCGAACAACGGCGGUUACGACAGAAGAAGAGAGUCGAGGAAGAUUCAUUCUUGUCCAAUUUUAAGCUGAAUUCGUCCAUUGAGCUUGUCUGUGACGAGAGCGAAGAGCUCGAUGUGCUGGACAAUGAGGAGCUCCAAAUCGCAUUCACUCCCCUUUUUGAAGCAGUUCAUAUUCACGAAGCCUUGAAUCAAGCAGACCGCUUUCGUUCAGAGUAUGCAGCCACGCGACGGCAGCAAAAGGACUUACUCUUACCUAGCUCGAUCGACCUAUCUGUGGAAGAUGAAUCAUCACUCAGCAGUCUCUUAGAGGGUAUUACUGGAUUCGCUAUCCUUGAGAAGGCCACCAUGCGACGUGUUCCGCAUCUACGAUCUACCAUUGAGGUGGAAGAAUUAUGGGAAUCGAUGUGCAGCACAGCCAUCAAUGUAGCCUCGAAAGCACUGAGUGACGUGACGAAUGCUGAAGUGUUGCUCAAGAUCAAAGGCAUCGUUGCUUUGUUUAUUCAAACAAUGGAGGGAUAUGCAUAUCCUGUCUCGACCCUGGAGACUUUCAUGCUCACGCUCUUCGAUAAGUACGCCGAGCUUCUCAGGCGCAGAUUUAGUGACGAUUUUCAAGAGAUCGUAUCAACAGACGACUACAUGCCCAUGGCAAUCAAUUCGCAGGAGGAGUUUGACAAGGUUCUCAAUGUCAGCUGGUAUACGCCGGAACAGGAUGUCGAAAGCAUCACGUUCCCUUGCGUUCUCCCUUUCUCUCAAAUGUACCCUCUUUGUUGCAUCGACAUUCAAAAUUUCCUCAACCAGUUCUAUUUCUUCUCCGAUGAUCACUUUCAGCAUUCGGAUGUCAUUGACGAAUCAUUGCGCAAGUCCCUCGAUAAACUUCUGACAGAAAAAGUCUGUCAGUCUCUUGUCGAAAGACUCAGCUCUCAAUACCUAGGUCAAAUUGUUCAGAUUCUGAUCAACCUAGAGCAUUUCGAAACCGCGUGCCAAGAGCUGGAGCUCCUCCUCAUAAGCGCAAGGUCUUCCACGUCUGCCGGCGGACCGUUGAAACUUGGUGCCACUGAAGAGUUUCGAAAUAAUAAAAAGACGGCGGAAAAGCGAAUUUUCGAGCUUGUUAACUCAAAGAUUGACGACCUUGUGGACACGGCUGAAUACGACUGGUUUACGACAACGGAUCCAUCGGAGCCCAGUUCCUAUAUGCAGACACUCACUCGUUAUCUGUCAAAUAUCAUGAAUUCUACCCUUCUAGGCCUGCCUCGAGAGAUCAAGGAGCUCAUUUACUUCGACGCACUUAGUCACACUGCGAACAAGAUAUUGGCAUUGCCACUAUCUAAUGAAGUUAGAUUCCUCAGCUCAAGUGCGGUAUUAGCCCUGGCCCAAGAUGUCCGCUACUUGACAAAUUUUGUCAGUAGCCUUGAGAACGGCGAAAUGCUAAAGGAAAAUCUGGACGAAUUGCAGCAGACUGUGAAUCUCUUGCAAUCAGAAAAUCAUGACGAAUUCUAUGACAUGUCGGUGCGAAAUAAAAAAUAUAACCGCGUGGACGCCCUCAACGGACCUAUUCUGCUAGAGAAGUAUGCUCUCCUAACUCAACAGCAGUGCCGCUCAGGCAUCCACCAGGAGCGCGCCGCUAUCCAAUCUCUCUUCUAG